UCUAGUGGGAGCAUGACAGGACUGCAUCCAUGCACCACUUCCUUUUUCCACCCAAUUCCUCAGUCCCCUCGCAGGGGGAGCCCCCGCUGUCACGCACCGGCUUCAUCCUGCUCUCCGUGGUCAUGGCCCUUUUCACCGGGCCGGCCAUCGUGCUCAACGCUACAGUGAUCAUUGUGUCCCUGAUGCACAAGCAGCUGAGGCAACCGCUCAACUACGCUCUGGUGAACAUGGCCGUGGCAGACCUGGGCUCAGCCGGGACAGGGGGGGUUCUGUCUGUAGUCCACAACGCCCAGGGGUACUUCUCCCUGGGAAGAACAGGCUGCGUGAUGGAGGGCUUUGCCGUGUCCUUGUUUGGCAUCACGUCUCUGUGCACCGUGGCCCUCAUCGCCGUGGAGAGGAUGUUUGUCGUGUGCAAGCCUCUAGGCCGCAUGAUCUUCCAGCAGAAGCACGCGCUCGCCGGCAUCGCCUUGUCCUGGUUGUGGUCUCUCACGUGGAACGUACCCCCUCUGCUGGGGUGGGGCAGGUAUGAGCCGGAGGGGGUCGGGACGUCCUGUGCGCCGGACUGGCGCAGCCGGGACCCCCACCAUGUGUCCUACAUCCUGGUGUAUUUCGCCGUGUGCUUCGCUGUCCCCUUUGCUGUCAUCUUGGUGUCCUACUCCAAGUUAAUGUGGACGUUGCACCAGGUAUCCAAGCUGGCCUGCCUUGAAGGUGGUGCAGUGGCUAAAGGGGAGCUGAAGGUGGCGUCCAUGGUGGUCCUGAUGGUCCUGAGCUUCCUCAUCAGUUGGCUGCCUUACGCGGCUCUGUCCAUGCUGGUGGUCUUCAACCCCUCCUUGGAGAUGAGCCCACUGGUGGCCACAGUGCCCGUGUACUUGGCCAAGACCAGCACCGUGUACAACCCCAUCAUUUACAUCUACUGCAACAAACAGUUCCGGAAGUACGUGGUGCCUUUCCUGCUGUGUGGCACGGCGCCGUGGAGGUGGAAGGAGGGGGAGGAGGAGACCUCAGAGGCGGCCACCACCGUGGAGAUGGCCGUCAACAAAGUGGCUCCAGCCUGAAAGCCAACUAAUGACGCAAGAAGCAGCAACGACGACACAAAGGACAAAGCAUUACUCAGCAGAACUUUAUUCAAUGAUAGAAAAGAAAUGAUUCAAAUAAACACAAGUGAGAAAUCCAAAAAAAGAAGAAUGUAUUGUUACAAAACCAUAAAGGUUAUAUUCAAGCAUUUGCUACUAAGAUGGAUGGAAACCAAAACCAAAAAUAAAGAGCAAAUAUCAAGACUUUCAAGUAGAGAACAUUACCGUGGGUCUUUAAUCAUAUUUUACAUCUUCUAUUUUAAUACAGCUUGCUUUGAGAACAUUAAGAAAAGCCAUGGUGUUUGGAACCUACGAAGAAAAAAAAGCUACGGCGGACGACAGGGGCCAAAGCGCACGACAAACACGGAAGUGAUCCGAAACGCCAGCAAACACAUGCACGGGGAAAAUUCUAAUUCUACAUAUCACAACCACAUCAACGCUGCAGGAUCACAAACAAACGCAAAAGGAAAAUCCUGCACCAGCUAAAAACACAUGAAAAACUGUUCCCA